AUGGCGUCUUAUAAAUCAAGAUGGCGGAUGUCCAUUGACUUCCGGAACGGAACCAUCUGGGGUUCCACAAACCCCCUGAACUCGACGUCAUCACACGUCCAUCUCACUCGGCAACGGUACAUUCCUCAAUUCAAUAUUGUUAUUAUACUGAUCAAAGCAGGAGAACGUAAGAACAAUAAAAAACUGGAAAAGAAAAAAAAUGAAAACAUUAGUUACUGUGUGAACGUUUUACUGAAAUAUGAACUUUCAAAACAAGACACCCCCUAUCAUCUGGUUACUACAAAAAAAACUCCCCACCACCUAAUCAAGAUUGCGCAACAGUUCCAGCAUAAUUCAAUAGACGAAAAGUGA